AUGUCAACGAGUAUUUUAAAGUCAACGAAAUAUUCAAAUAGUUUACCCGAUGACAUUUUUAAUUAUAAUCAGAAUGAAUUUUAUGAAUUUAUUAAAGAAACACGUGGUGCUGAUGUUGCCGAAUUAUUUAGCUUCCAGGCAAUUAGACAUGCAACACAUCUAAUAGACACAACAUGCGAUGAAAUUUUGUCAAUUUUAGAAGAAGAUUCAAAAGAUAUUAAUAACUUGAAGAAAUUGUGUUGUUUUCAACUUAAUCAAACAAGAACAACAACAACAACAACAAAAGAAAAAAAAAGAUCUGCACAACAACGUACAUCGUCCAGUGUCAAAGUCAAGUCAUUAGUUAAUGAUACAUUAUCAGAAGAUGAAAUAGUUUCAUUAGAAGCAAUACCUGUUUCACCGGUAGUUGUUGAUACAUCAUCAACACAACCGAAAAAAAAUGGAAAAGAAAAUAGUUUAGUUGAUAAUCGAAAUUCAACUACAACUCAGUCAAAUACGGCGAAUAGUUUAUCAAAUACUAGAUCGAAAAAGAGUAAAACUUCACAACGUACAUCUUCAAAACGAUUUCGAUCACCAUCAACAGAAACAUCUUCAGAUACUGAAACUACUGCUAACAAAAAAAAUCGGUCUUUAUCAUCAAACUCUACAAAUAGUUCGCCAGAAAAGAGAGCUCUUGAUGAUAAUAAAAAUUAA